AUGGCUGGUGUUUUUCGCAUUCAGAGCGCAUUUUUGCGCCGUUUACUGCCACAAAUCAACAAACGAUUGAUUUCUACAUCCAAGAAGAAUGCAGAUAGCGCAGUAGCUGAAGUAACCGAAACCGUGACGAAGACCAAAGCAAAGAAAAACUGGAUCAGUUAUGGGUUUGACAAGAAAUCAGAGGAAGCAGAUCUGAAUGCAUUGCAUUCUGUAAUGUUUGCCGCAGUCACCGUUUGCUUGAUUUUCGGUGGAUUUAUAAUGAGUUAUGCUCCCGACUACAGUUUGCACGAUUGGGCACAACGUGAGGCCUUCUUGGAGUUGAGGAGAAGAGAAGAUGCAGGACUUCCUUUAAUAAGCAAAGAUUUAAUUGACCCAAGCAAAAUUGUACUGCCAUCUGAUGAAGAACUAGGUGACACUGAAAUCAUUAUUUAA